UCAUAAUACACUAUUCUUCUAGUUUUGUGUGCUUAUCAUGGCUUCCGUGAUCCACCGUUCGUUUGUUAAACAUAACUAUAUAAGUCGCCUAACGGUAACGACGAAAUGUCGUCCUCCAAAGAGCUUAUCGUUUCUCUUAUCUUUAGAGCCAUCACCAAGGUCCCCGCUCGGUCCAAUACGACGUUUCAGUGCCAGUCCCCGGAGCGCAAAAGCUAUGGAGAGCGAAGAUUUUAAGGCUUUGAGGGUGCGGCAGGAUAGGCUGAUGGAAACUUUACAUGGCACCUGUGUCUUUGGGCCGGGCGAGAGAUGGGGAAGUGCAAAAGAAGAAACGGGCAUGUCACGACUUGCGCUAGGUGACUCGGAUAAGGACGUCCGGGACUGGUUCGUCAAGACAACCAAGGCUCUAGGAUGCAAUGUCACUAUUGACACCAUGGGGAAUAUUUUCGCUGUGCGCCCCGGUCGACGCGAAGGACCGGCCACGUUCGCAGGAUCUCACCUUGAUACUCAGCCCACCGGUGGCCGGUACGAUGGUAUACUCGGUAUCUUGGCCGGUAUUGAAAUGCUCACCGUGCUACGAGACCAUAAUUGGGAGACUGAGUUCCCGAUUGGAGUGGUGAAUUGGACCAAUGAAGAAGGCGCCCGCUUCCCAAUUAGCAUGUCGUCGUCGGGUGUAUGGGCAGAGGAAAUUCCACUUGAACGAGCCCAUAACCUUCAAGAGGUUGGCGGCGGGACAGCGACGAUGAAAUCAGAGCUAGAACGAAUUGGAUACCUUGGCUCAAUACCAACCAGCUACAAGAGCUCGCCUAUGGCGGCGCACUUUGAGCUGCACAUCGAGCAAGGGCCCAUCCUCGAAACGGAGCACCAAAAAGUGGGAGUCGUAAAAGGGGUUCAGGCUUAUAAAUGGUUUACUGUCGACGUCACCGGCCGAGAUGCGCACACAGGCACCACGCCCCUCCAAAGCCGCGCCGACGCAAUGCUGCUCGCGGCCCGCUUGAUCGCACACUCGCAUCGCGUAGCAACCGCACAUUCCGCCCUUGCUUCGACGGGUAUCUUGACGUUAAGCCCAAGUAGCACGAAUACGAUUCCAGGCCGCGUCAGCUUUACGCUCGACAUCCGCGCCCCGGCUGACGCGACCGUCGAGGCUACGGAAGCUGAUUUAAAAAGAGAUUUCGCAAUACUAGCUGCGGGCGAGGACGUCGGCGGACUUCUCGCAGGCUCGACGCCCGGAAAGCCGCUUAACGUGGAGUGGCGGACGGAUUUCGUCUCCCCUGCUACGAUAUUCCACCCGGACUGCAUCGCCUCGGUGCGUGCUUCCGCCGAGGAAGUGACUGGUAGUAGUAAUCUGGUCAGGGACAUGACGAGCGGUGCUGGGCACGACAGCGUAUAUACGAGUAGGCGGUGUCCGACGAGUAUGAUCUUUGUCCCGUCGAAGAAUGGGGUUAGUCAUAAUCCGGAGGAGUAUACUAGCCCCGAGGACUGCGCUAUUGGCGCGAACGUCUUGUUGCAAAGUGUAUUAAGGUAUGAUCGGAUGAGAGCGGAUGGUAAAGUAAAGGCUUAAUGUUCUAGUUGUUGGGAUGCGAGGGAUGCACAUCUGCUUUAUAAAUAACGGAACACGCAUAUUGGACCAUAUGUAGGCUUUCUAUAUGUUCAUAGGAAAGGUAAUGUAGGUAGUCUAAAGCGACGCUGUAAAUACCUAGCUAAUACGCCCAUCAUCUUUCUAAAA